AAUGUUGGCUUGCAAGUCCCUGACUUUUAUUUUGAAAUGUCAGGUUCGCCGCUUCUUCCUGUUCCUGCACUGUGCAUGCGCACUGUGGGUCAUAUGAUUCUCCUUGGUUAAAUCCUUUCUGGACUUACCGUGGCUGACUUACCGUGUCAGAUCGACCAGUGCCGCCGGCUGUCACCUCACCGCUUUUUCUGUUUCUGACCCCCUUCCCGUGCCUUCGGUAUGGCAGACGGUGAGCGGUCUCCAUUACUUUCCGAUCCGGGGGAAGGUAGUAAUGGUGGAGCCUUACCGGGAAUCGCACCUUUCAGCGUGCCGUCCAAACCGCAAAGCUUCGCUGGUUUCUCCAACGCCAGCCAGCCCCCACUUUUGCCCCAGGAUGACCCUCCGCAGUACUCCCCUAUCGCAUCCCCCGAGAGCAGCAAUGCCCCUAUGAUCAGCUGCAGGGUGUGUCAGAGCCUCAUUAGCGUGGAGGGCAAGAUACACCAGCACGUGGUCAAGUGUGGAGUCUGCAAUGAGGCCACGCCCAUUAAAAACGCUCCAGCGGGGAAGAAGUAUGUCCGUUGUCCAUGCAACUGCCUGCUUAUCUGUAAGGUUACUUCACAGCGGAUCGCCUGUCCUCGGCCAUACUGUAAGAGGGUAAUAAAUUUGGGUCCUGUGCAUCCGGGCCCGUCGAGUCCUGACCCCCAGCCAGCGGGGGUACGGGUCACCUGCGGACACUGUAGCAGCACUUUCUUGUGGACGGAAUUUACAGAUAAGACUCUCGCCAGAUGUCCUCACUGCAGGAAGGUCUCUUCGAUUGGCCGAAGGUAUCCCCGGAGACGGAGCCUGUGGUGUUUCCUGUUGUGUUUGCUCUUCAGUGUCCUCACUGCUGGCCUGGUGGCUGGUACGUGGAAUCAUGCCCAGAUUUACAGGGGUAUUUAUGUAUCUUGGGCCGCCCUGGUCCUGCUGGUGGUGCUGAGCCUGGGCCGUGGCCUUUACUGGGCCUGCAUGCGGGUCAGCCAGCCCCUGCAGGGUUUCUCGUAGGUGAGGUGGGAGGCCAGGUCACGGGAGCCCGGCAUGGCAGCACGAAGGUAGCGUGUCGCUCCCUCCCCACACCCCGCCCGAGGGGCCGCGGCCCUGGGGCCCGUGUGCCGGCCGGGGGGCCCCUCCCUCCCCAACCCCCAGCAGCCUCGGGCUGAAGACCCCAGUUCCAUCCUACCAUGCAACUCGUCUCCUCACUGUGACUGUGACAUCUGCACGCUGGGGGAAUCUGCGGGAUCUGGCGUAUAACAUGUAUCUGCCCUGCAUCAGCUAUCGUCAUGCGCAGUUGACUCAAAUAGGCAUUACCUGGAUGUUUAACUGACUGCACGGUGCACAGUGAAAUACUACCCAGUGUACUUGUCCCUUACUUUUAACAGCUGCUGAGCAGCAGACUGACAGUGGUGAUUAUUAUUGUUAUUAAUAUAUGGGGCUGAAGUCAAGGGUCUGGUUUUUGUUGUGUAUUGUACUGGUAACUGUGGUGCUUCGUCGGAUCAGCUGAUCCAGUGCUUAAUGACGUCUCCCAUCUUCCCAGCACACCUAGGUUACCCUUCAGGGAAGUUUCUGCGGGAUCAUUGCAUUACACACAAGCACACUGUUCUCGCACUGAGUUUGUAAAGCACACCGUUUACACAGCAGUUCUGUACGUGUACAUUCAGCACAUAUGUAGUUCCAUUGUUGUCAUCGAUUGUUGUCAUUUCUUAAUCAGAAUCUUGUUUGCGUAUUUUUCUUUGGGUAUGUCUUGCAGUGGGUCAUUCCUGGGAUGAGUAAGAACAUAAAUGUUGCACUGAACUUGAUAAAUCAGUCAUUCUUUUAAGUUUUGGUUAUUUUGUAUGUUUGAAGAAAUGGCUUCUGUUUUUUAACUGUUUUGAUUCCUGUAGAGGCCUCUCUCAUUCAACAUCUGUCUGUCUCUGUGUCUUUCUGUCUUUCUGUCUGUCUGUCUGUGUGUGUGUAAGAGCAAUAGUAGAGAAGAAUAAUUUAUACAAAAAUUCACAUUCCCAUCAAUGACUGUCAAUGGAACAACCUUUGAUUAACUGGAAAAAGAUCAAGCUUGGUAGUAUUUUUAACACAACUCCAUUAAGUGGCAUUUAACGGAUGAUUGAUUCGGAAUAUGAUAAGUUCAACUGAGUAAAUACAACCCUGCUUUGAAUAUUGGAGGUUUAUGUAAAUUCAGUUUUUAUGACUGGAUAAUGAAUUGUGGUAAAUGGCAUUUUUCUUCAGAAAACAUUGUGGAAUAAAUUAUGGUUAUUACUGCUGAUGAUCAUAGCCAGACAAUAUAUGAACUGGACAAGAUUUUGUUCUCUUAGUAUUCAUUUGAAAUAAUUAUCUCAUAUUCGUGAAUAUUCCUUAGCACAUGGUAUGACCUGGAAUUAUCAGUGAAGGUAAUAGCAGUGUGGAAAAGCAUCAAAAUAUCUCUGUGUUCUUUAUGCAUCUGCAGUUACUUUAUUCAUCGACUUUCCAGUUUUAACUGAAUUGGCCCUGAUGUGUUUAAUACAAUAAAUAGUUACAUGGUGUUCCACAAUUAAUAUUCUGAAUGCUUAUUUAUGCUAGCUAGCCUUUUAGCCUGUCAUUUUAGACAUUCCCCACAUCUAACCUAAUAAUUUUGUUGGCUGGUUACAAUUCAGAGAAAACGUUGAAAUCUGGGGGGGGGAGUAUGGCCAGUAAGAUAUUACGAAUAAUGUGUGAUGAAACUUAUGUAAGUGGUUAAGUGGCAUUGACUUGCCAUAGCCUGUAUCACAAGCUGUCAUUUGUGUUAAUGUGAAUUAGCUGAUGAGGUAGCUUUGCUAGACAGGGUUAAUGAAAGAUAUUAAGUGGAUUUAAAACCACGUUUAAUUGUCCUGCUACUGUAGUAACACUGACAGUUUGUGUUGAGCGGUUAAUGGCCAGUUUAGGGGGCUUUGUUGCUUUAUGUUGUACCCUGGAUAUCUGACUAAUUAGCUCACAAACCCUUGCACAAAUGUAAAAUGAAUGCUGUUUUGCAUACAUAUUUUUAACUCGUUUUUAAUAUUUAUUACAUUAUUAUUCAGCAGUUAUGUAUGUGGACAGUACUGUCCAUUUUUGGAAAUAUGUAGUUCUGAAAGAUUUAAUGGUAAUUACAAAAUGUUGCUUGAAGCAUUUAAUUUUGUAUUUCCAAAGUUGUUGAUAGCUUCUGUAUAGCACAACCUUACAGACAUAUGUAGAAACAUCACUACUGUUUUGUAUAUAUGCAUUUUUCUUUUUACGCUUUUCUUGUCUGUGGUUGAUGUUUUUGUACAUCAUGGACAUGGCAAUUAUGUCAUUACUGAUCGAUAAUGUGAUAGAUAUGUCAAUACUACUAAUAAACGAUGCUUGUUUAAUACUC